UUAGCGUUAAAGUAAAAAAGAACGUAAUUCAAUAUAAUGCCUUCUAAAUCAAGUUUAACUAGGAGCGCUCUUACAGCAGUGUAAUAUACAUUACUUACGUAUACGUGAGGCGUAGAUCUUUAUUUUUACUUAUGAAUUGGUGAUUUUAUUGCAGCCACUUCCGCGUUAAGGACGAUUUUUUAAACUGUGAUAAAAUGUUCGGUGAUAAGUUGGGUAGUGCUGUAAUUAUAUGUGUUUGUUUUUGUGUAGUUAACUGUUAUUAUGUGGAUGACAAUCUUCCCACUUAUUUGACAGGUGCUGUGGGAGACUACAUGAUUUUUAAUUGUGAAAUUGAUUUCCCGCAGAGAAUACCAAUACCCUAUAAAUUAAUAUGGAGACGAGGAGAGGAAGUAAUUUAUUCCUGGCAAGAAGGAAUAGUGACGGAAUCGGACGACUAUGUCGGUAGAAUCCACCUCCUCAACCGCGGUUUCCAACAAUACCAACAAUACGGAAAAGCGUCCAUUAACCUAACAUCAAUACGCGAAUCAGAUGCCGGCUGGUUCGAGUGCAAAAUUGAGUACCCAAACAGAAACCCCAGCAGUAGAAAUAAUGGCACUUGGUUCCAUUUGACAGUCAGCGGAGGAAACCUACUGGCUAUACCACCGAUCAAUAGAACCGUCAUGGAAGGUGACGAAGUGCAGUUUGAUUGUCUACCCAAAGACUUUUCAAUUAAAAUUAGAUGGUUGAAGGAUAAAAUACCUCUAUCUGAAUACCACGAUUUAGUGCAAAGAUCAUGGGUUACCAAGGAAAACACGUUGGUGAUUCACCCAACAGAUUUGGGUGAUUAUGGAGAAUAUGAAUGCGAAGCUUCCAAUGAUAUGGGGGAGAGGCAAACCACGCGAGCUUUUUUAAAUGUACAAUACAAAGCUAAAGUUAUAUACGCUCCACCAGAAAUAUAUCUACCAUUUGGAAGACCAGCUCUUAUAGAUUGCCAUUUCAGAGCGAACCCGCCUUUAACAAAUCUAAGAUGGGAGAAGGAUGGAUUCCUUUUUGACCCCUACAAUAUACAAGGCGUUUUUUACAGGAAAAAUGGAAGUUUGUACUUUAGUAAAGUGGAUGAAAGUCAUACUGGGAAAUAUAGUUGUACUCCUUACAAUGAGUUGGGAACGCAAGGACCAUCCCCAACGAUGAACAUCAUAGUUCAAAGACCUCCUGUAUUUGUGAGCACCCCACACAACCUCUACCUAAGAAAAUUAGGCGAAAACAUUGAAAUACCCUGCGACGCAACCGAUGGUCAACAUGGUCAUAAACCCAUCAUUGUUUGGUACAGGAAAGAUGGUUCUUCCCUCCCAGUAGGCCGCUACAGCAUCAAGGACGGCAACCUAACAAUAACAAACAUUGAAGAACACGACCGAGGUCUCUAUCAAUGUUCGGCUACAAAUAAAGCUGCAACUAUCACAGCUGAAACUGAGUUGUUGGUGGAGAAUAUACCCUCCAGCGCUCCAUACAAUCUUACAGCUGUUUCCAGUCCCUAUUCAGUACACAUAUCAUGGUUGGCUGGAAGGCAACGAGCUAAUAUCGAUUUCAGUGUUUGGUAUAAGUCUGUGGAUCAGACUGAAUGGAAGACCUAUCCUGUGCCCUCUAUAAGGACUCUUGAAGCUACCAUCAUCAAUUUGCAUCCAGAUACUGAAUACGAAUUCAUGGUACUAUGCAAAGACGACAAUGGAGAUGGUCUCUUCAGUAAAUCUCUAAGAGUUUGGACUAAAAGUGAGGAUGGUGAUAAGGAACCUUUUAAAACCUCCUAUAUGCCCCCCAUUGGUUUCCCAAGAAACGUUACAGUUGUUACGAAAGACGAUGGUUUGUUAGUGAAUUGGGAAAAACCUGAAUAUGGGUUCGAAAAUUUGAAACGUUACAUAAUAAGAUGGAGCCAAGGUCCAGAUGAAUACAUUUAUGGAUCUGAUGAUACUACUGAAACACACUAUCUAAUCACUAACCUUCUGGAAGGAAACGAGUAUGACAUCCAAGUCAUAGCUUUAUCCCUGGACGAUCAACAAGGUGUCUCCGAAAAAGUAAGAGCAGUGUUUCCUGGUUACAAAAGCAUCAAAGCAGUAUCUACUGGCAUUAUAGCGGGAUUAGCAUUUUUGACAGCUGCAUUCCUUACUGUUUUGUAUAUCAAAAGGAGGAAAUCCCGAAACGAUGCUGCGAGCAAUUAUACGAAAAGUGUUAAGAGUUAAAAUAAGUUUGUAUAUUUUGUAUUAAAUUUUGUAGUGGUGAUAAAAAAAUAAAGCUUUAUGUAUGAUUGUUAUAUUUUAGCUUUAGUAAUUUAUAUGCAAUUAUAUAUUUCCCAAUUUCUUACUUAAAAGUAUACGAAAUGUAAAUAUUAGCUUGGGUUAUUUGGAGAUUAUUGGAUAUUUUAAUAAAACUA